AUGGAAUCUCUUAUUCCUGAAUUAGUUGGCAUUGAAAUGGACUCAUCACCCCCAAGCAGGAAAGUACGCUGUGGCAAAUCGCCACCCACUCUGCCACUGUCCUUGUCAGACACCUCGCAGACAGACGAGACUGAAAGAAAAGAGAGAAUCAACUCUGCCCAGAUCCCAGAGAAGUUGCCUAAGAAGACUCCAAAGACAGUGGGCAAGAGCCAUGGGCCCGGGGGCAGCUGUGAGUUCUGUGGGAAACGUUUCACCGACAGCAGCAGCCUGACUGUGCACCGGCGCUCACACACCGGGGAGCGGCCCUUUACCUGCGACCUCUGCUCCUUUGCCUGUGCCAAGAGGAGCAAGCUUAACCGCCACCGCCUCAUACAUGGUCUGGGGUCCGGUGGUGCCCGCUUUGAGUGCCCCCACUGCCGUGUGCCCUUCCGCCUGAGGGCCACCCUGGACAAACACCUGUGGCAGAAGCACCCCAAAGCAGGCGGGGAGGCCUGCGUGGCAGGAAUGCCCUUCCCCCCUGCUGUCCCUGGUACCACUGCUCAUAGAAUCGGUGGAAGUGAGAGCGCCGCCGCCGCUGUGCCUGCAGCGCUCUAUCUAACUGCCUGCUCGCUGCCCGUCUGGGCGCAGAACGACACGGAGCCCAUCGUGCUGGAGGGCAAAUGCCUGGUGGUGUGUGACUCGAACCCGGCCACGGACUCCAAGGGCUCCUCUUCCUCCCCUCUGGGGAUCUCGGUGCGGGCGGCCAACUCCAAGGUCGCCUUCUCGGCGGUGCGGAGCACCAACCACGAGCCCUCGGAGAUGAGCAACAAGACCCGCAUCAUUUACUUCGAUCAGAUCCUGGUAAAUGUGGGUAAUUUUUUCACACUGGAGUCUGUCUUUGUAGCACCAAGAAAAGGAAUUUACAGUUUCAGUUUUCACGUAAUUAAAGUCUACCAGAGCCAAACAAUCCAGGUUAACCUGAUGUUAAAUGGAAAACCGGUAAUAUCUGCCUUUGCUGGGGACAAAGAUGUUACUCGCGAAGCCGCCACCAAUGGAGUCUUGCUCUACCUGGAUAAGGAGGAUAAGGUUUACCUAAAACUGGAGAAAGGUAACCUGGUCGGAGGCUGGCAGUAUUCCACAUUCUCGGGCUUCCUGGUGUUCCCCCUAUAGAAUCCAUUUCUCCGUGGCGUUCACCAGGUGAGGGGCGGCUCACCACUGAGUUAUUGGAAGAUCAUUUUCUCAUCCUCGGAGUGAUGUCUUAUUGGUUUCAUGGGUCAGUAUGGAUUCUCUUUCAGGAUCCCAGGCCUGUCCAGACCAAUCCAGCUUUACUGAUUACUUUUGCGUGCCUGCGCUCCCUAUGUGUGGAUCAGGACUCGGCAGACAAUUCCUAUCCGUGCGUCCGUGUAACCGUUAUAGACUAUCUGCAGAUUCCUUCUGAAUUUAAUUUCCUGGAAUUACUGAAUUCGUUGCAAAUGUGGAAUUUUAUCUAUUUGUUUUUAAAAGACUGGCAAGUGGGUCUAAGAAUGAGAAGAUGCAAGAGUUCUGACUUCAAUCAACGGUUAGUGCGAAGCUGCCAAAGAACUUACCUGUGUUGGUACAUUGGUCACGCGUGUUCUUAUUCCUUUGGACUCGGUUUGUUUUGUUCAGUGUAGGUACCUGGGAAUUGUUUUGCGGUGACUGGUUUUGUGUUUUCUCUACCAAUAGGGUAAUGAAUGGCUUGCCCGCAAACUUACCCUAUGAGAUCCCCAACAUGACUUCCCUUGAAAAAAAGAAUGCUCCAUAGUUUUAUUUUAAUUAUAUAUGUGAAAGAGUCAUAUUUUCCAAAUUAUAUUUUCUAAUAGGAAGAAUAGGUCAUAAAUCUGACAAGGAAAAGGUUGCUUACCUGAGUUCUACCUGCUCAACCCCCAAACUUCCCCAAAUCGCUCUCCUCCACGGGAAAUCUUAUACUUUGUUGCUCGACUUUAAUUAACAUGAUUGAUGAUAAUCACUUUAUUAAAAACCUAAGGGAUUUUUCCCCUUAGCCAUGACCACUUUAUUAACAGGUGAUGGGAUGCCCUUGUUUUUAAUUAUACCUAUGUUUCCAACUUUCUGUUGUGUUUGAAGUAUCAUCUGGUUUUGCCUUAACUCCUUGAAUUGUAUAUAUUUAUCUGUUUAGCUGAUAUGAAAUCCAAAUAUCCCAUAUCUAAACUUAGUGCAAUAUCUUAUUUUGUCUUUUGUACAGAUCAUAUGAAUUCAUAAAAUUAUUUAUGUCUCUGUUAUAGAAUAAAGGUUAAUAUAUGUUAGUUGAA